ACCAACAAUUAUGUGAAAAAUGAAGAUACCAGGGUUUAUUUUCUAAAUCUAGUAAUGCUUGACAAGAAUUGAAGAAAUUAAUUAUCAAUAUUUUUUAUUUAGACCGUUGAAAUAUUUGAUUAUGUCUAUCAUUAACAGCCGUUAUUUCCCCUCUAACGUUACAUAACGUUAGCUUAAUAUCAAGAGUUUUUGUGUUUUAUUGCAAAGAAAUGUCAUUCAACCAAUGAUGUAGCUAUUCCUCCCUCUACAUUUGAAUGGGGAUGAUUUAUCGCGAGCCUUUUCUUUAGCUACUUAAUGAUAUUUUAAAUGACAUUGCGUGAAUUUCACAUGAUAAUAAAUCCAAAGAAGAAUGGAUGAAGAUUGGUCGUAUGUUGCAAAUUAGCACCGUGUGCUUUUCGGCGACGAAAUAUGGGAGAAAUGUGUUCGUGUGUGUGUGUGUGUGUGUGUGUGUGUGUGUGGGUGGGUGUGUUUCGCGUGCCAUCAGUGCUAUACGGCUGUGUGUUAACGUUACUGUAGUGUAACGUGUAUGUGUUAGCCGUUAUGUCUUAUAUUCGUUACAGUUAUUCUCUGUCCUACCAAAUAUCUUGAGUCACAGUGGUGUGGAGGAUGAUGAUGAUGAUGAUCACGAGAAGGAGGGUGUGUAGUCGUCAUGCAUACAAACGAGCCUGCCGAUGUGUGUGUGUGCGUGUGUGUGUGUGUGUGUGUGUGUGUGUGUGUGUGUGUGUGUGUGAACAUAAUGUGAACAGGUGACUUGAUCUCCCCUCCUUCUCUUUAUCUGAAGGUAUGUAUUUUGCAUGCAGCCCUCCUCCAGUCUUGUGGAUGAGGAGGCACUGAGGCCCUCCCAUCAUUUGGUUUAAGGAUACUGGAGGGUGCUUUAGGGGCCUCCAGGGGUCCUCAAUGCAGCACAAUGAACAUAAUAUAUUAGACAGCCUCCUAAAUAGAUGACGUAACCUGUUUGCAUACACACAGUGUAGUCCAUUUUACUCUGAAUGUUGACAACUAUUGAUGCCCAUCUUGCCUGAUAUCAGACAGAUUUGUUAACUUGUUACACUCAGCACUCGUGUUUUAGAGGAUGUAAUAAGAAAUCAUUUCAUUAAAUUAUUUGGUUAACGAGCAGUACCUUGAUCCAGUGCGCAGGGUGGAGUUCUGCAUGUUCUCCCCAUAAUGGCGACGUUAGUUUCCUCCGGCUGCUUCGCUUUCCUUCCACAGUCCAAAGACACAGAUUAGACUUCUGUAGUUGUGACUAUAGUGGAUGUGAAUGGUGUCUGUAUGUGAUAGAUGGGUGAUGUGCUCCACCUCCAGCCCAGUGUUAGCUGCAACCCUGCAAAUAAUAAGAGGGCCGGACAUUUGGUAAAUGACUUAAACAAUCAAUCAAUCGAUUCUUAUGAAACGGUCUUAAUUUAACACCGAUAGCUCUUUGUGACCGACGUUUUCUAAAAGCAUUCUGGCGCUCGGAAACUCUGCCUAAAGCCUAAAAAUACUCUAUUACAAGUAAAAUUCCUGAAUUCAAAAUGUUACUUAGGUAAAUGUAUAGAAGUACUGUCAACAAAAUGUACUUAAGGUAUCAAAAUAAAUACUCAUUACGCAGAAGGCUUCCUUUCUAGAUGUUAUAAUAUUAUGGAAUAUUAGAUUAUUAAGUCCUGAGGUCCAAUUCACAAAAUGUUAUAGAUAACGGCCGGAUAGUUGGGAACAAGACAAACAGUUUUAAGGCCCGGGUAAAGGCUAGUUUAAAGGCAGUUAGAUGCUAUUUGGCUUGUUUUCGGCGCAGGAGGAGAGGUCAAAGGUCAGACAGAAGUUCUACUUCGAUUAUUUCUUCAAAUUUCACCUGAGACAGAGGAGAGUGAAGGGUAGGAAGAGAUGAAGAUGGAUUAAUAAAUAGAUGAUAGACUAUCUUAACAUUAGUAUAUAAUUACAGCGUGAUAAAGAGUGCAUUUAGAGAGAGAGAGACUCUAAUCCUCUGAGUGAUGGCCUAGUUAGUUGUGCGACCGAUGUUGUUAUUGUCUGUUUAUCUGUGUGUGUGAUUCACUAAUGGCUUAUUCAUCCAUGAACCCCCAGUAGCACCCUCAACUCUUUAAACCUCAUCCUGUGUGUGUGUGUGUGUGUGUGUGUGUGUGUGUGUGUGUGUUUGAUGUCUAUUCUUAUAUAAAAUUGCUUGUUCAGUAUGACUUGUCUUAUGUACGUUUGUUCUGGAUUUAUAAAUAGCUCUACUGUUCUCUCACACACACACACACACAUACACACACACACAUACACACACACACCAACAUUGGCUCACGCAUUUUUGAGGUAAUGGCACACACACACGCACAUAGUGACUCGAACACUCAAACACACACACCGUGUACGCCGACCCUCCCUGUGGCGUUCAAGCAGUAGUCAGCAGCUGUCUACUCCUUUCUUCUCACUUACAACAUGCAUCAACACACACACACACACACACACACAGAUGUCACACAUGGAGCCUGCACUUGUUCAGAGGAUGUCAGCACCCACCAUGUCACAUUUACACUGUUUCUAAACAUUCAGGCUUUUUCCCAAAAUAGAUUUUACUUCUCUUCAUCACAAGACGAAGGUUUUAAUCUUCAUCCUGCGUUUCGUUUAGUUUCUGACUGCAGCGCUGCUUCAAUUAUGCAACUUGGCCAAUUAAUGGUAAGCAACACCAACUGAUUGAUCAUUUUAGCCUUUUAGUUCACCCUUUUCUAUAAGAGUAUUUGUUCUUAUAUCGUUUUUUGCCAUACUAGAUAUGGUUUUGGUGUUCAUGUUUAUCUUAAUAUAGUAACACUGCCUUUAAUAACACAAUCUGAAUAUUGUUCAUGAUUAUCAGGCCGGUCAUACCUUAAAGACCAGCGUGCAGGUUUUUCACAGGAAGCUGUGAAGUGGCUGCGUGUCUCUGGUACGACAACAUUAUGAAAACAUCUGACGAUGUGACUUUGGGAGUCUAGAGACUAAAUCUGCCUUCUGCGCCUCAUUCAUUAUUAAUCAACACCCCCAUUAAGACUUGUGUCUGUGUGUGUAGGUGUGCGUGUGUGUGUGUGUGUGUGUGUGUGUGUGUGUGUGUGUGUGUGUGUGCGAGUUGAAGCAGCUGGUCACAGGGUGAGUGAGAAAUGUUGCCCGGUGUGUCACUGUUUGCCUGUGUGUCUCUCUCUCUGGCUGUCUGGCUGUCGUACCUGCUAUGACUCAGUGAACACACACACACACACACACACACACACACACACACACCUUUCUGCUUACAGUCCUUACACACACACACACACAUACAAAGCUCCCCGUGUGGAGCAGCCUCGGCCUAUAAAUAACAGCAAUGGAGGCCCGAAUAUCACGCAGACGUCACUCUCUGUCAACUUCACCAAAUUUCAUAUUCCCUUCUCGUAACUCGUUUCACCCACUGAACACGACCGGACAAAAAGAGCAGAACAAACACUGCGUAUAUAUCAUGGGUCCAGUAAAUGUAACCGAUUCGUCAGUAUAUCAUUCAAAGCAUUUGUUUUAACUUUGUGUUUUCCAGAAACAGGUUUCAGUCUGUCAUUUCCUGUUUCUAUCUGACAGUAACAUCAGGAUCUAUAAUGCCAACAAAGCAGUGAAUUGAAUCAAAUCUGCAGACUAUAUUUAUUGUGAGAGAGAGUCGGGUUGUAAACCAUCCAGAGGCGGGAGUCCAGCAAUCGGUUCUGUGAUUUGGCACCGGGCCUGCUGGACCUGUAACCAGUAUGUUUCCAGUACAUUUCCAGACUAUGGCUGCCAACAUGGGGUCGAUGCGUAUCCUCAUCAAGGGAGGGAAGGUGGUCAACGAUGACUUCACCCAGGAAGCAGAUGUCUACAUCGAGAACGGCAUCAUUCAGCAGGUUGGAAAGGAGCUGAUGAUACCGGGCGGGGCCAAGGUGAUUGACGCCUCUGGAAAGCUUGUGUUGCCGGGCGGAAUAGACACCAGCGUGCAUCUGCAGGACACUUUCAUGAACGCCAGCAUUCAGGAUGACUUCUACAGUGGGACCAAGGCGGCUCUGAUGGGCGGUACCACCAUGGUGAUGGCCCUGGUCCUGCCUGAACAGCACUGCUCCCUGCUGGACGCCUACGAGAAUUGCCGAGCUCUGGCCGACGCCAAGGCAUGCUGCGACUACGCCCUGCACGUCGGGGUGACUUGGUGGGGGCCGAAGGUGCGUAGCGAGAUGGAGACCCUGGUGAGGGAGCACGGAGUGAACUCUUUCCAGAUGUUCAUGGCCUACAAAGACACGAUGAUGCUGAGGGACUCGGAGCUCUACCAGACGCUGCAGACCUGCAAAGACAUCGGGGCCAUCGCUCGUGUCCACGCCGAGAACGGAGAGCUGGUGGCAGAGGGUGCCAAAGAGGCUCUGGGUUUAGGCAUCAAUGGACCGGAGGGUAUUGAGAUAAGUCGACCAGAGGAGCUGGAGUCUGAGGCUACUCACAGAGCCAUCACCAUCGCCAACAGGGCUCACUGCCCGAUCUACCUUGUGAAUGUGUCCAGUAUGUCUGCUGGGGACAUGAUUGCUGCUGCUAAGAUGCAAGGUAAGGUGGUCCACGCAGAGACCACAGUAGGUCACGCUGUGCUGAACGGGAUGCAGUAUUACCAUCAGGACUGGGUUCAUGCCGCCGCCCACGUCGUCGUCCCUCCUCUCCGCCUCGACCCCAACACGCCCAGCUACCUCAUGGGCCUGCUGGGCAAUGACUCUCUGAGUGUCGUGGCGUCAGAGCACCGUCCAUUUAGCAUGAAGCAGAGAGCUUUGGGCAAGGACGACUUCACAAAGAUCCCUCAUGGAGUGGCUGGAGUCCAGGACAGGAUGAGUGUCAUUUGGGAGAGGGGAGUGGUUACAGGGAAAAUGGAUGAGAAUCGUUUUGUGGCAGUGACGAGCUCUAACGCUGCUAAGAUCUACAACAUGUACCCACGCAAGGGUCGCAUCAUCCCCGGGGCUGAUGCUGAUUUGGUGGUCUGGGACCCGGACGCAACAAGGACGAUCUCCGUGAGCACUCAGGUGCAGGGCGGAGACUUCAACCUGUACGAGGGGAUGCGCUGCCACGGGGUUCCGCUGGUCACCAUCAGCCGCGGACGUCUGGUGUGUGAGAACGGGGUGUUCAUGUGUGCCGAGGGAUCCGGAAAGUUCUACCCUCAGCGCACCUUCCCCGACUACCUCUACAAGAAGAUGGUGCAGAGAGAAAAGACUCAGGCUUACAAAGGGGUCAACAGGGAUGCCUACUGUGGUGACGUGGCCAAGGUGGCAAACACCAUGAAGAAGGAGCUUGGUUUGGGCCCAAUAGACGGAGAGGCGGCCAACAAAGGCUGUCCUCGCUCGCAGCAGGGAGUCCGAGACCUCCAUGAGUCCUCCUUUAGCCUCUCAGGGUCUCAGGUCGAUGACCACAUCCCGAAGAGGUCCUCGGCCCGGAUCCUGGCCCCUCCCGGCGGUCGCUCCAGUGGUAUCUGGUAAUCGCUGCUGCCGGAGCUACGCCCGUCCGAGUCUCCUUGUUUUGUAUAAUUCUACGCAACCAGGAAAACUGCACUGAUUUCUUAAUCACAGGAUAAAAGUUAAGGGAGGAAUAUAAAUUGAAGCAUGUUUCUGUGAUUGGUGAAGACCUAACUGAUGAUCAGUGAUCUACCAAAGUGACUUUCACGAAUCUAAUUUGUCUUAAUUGGAGUGACUGACCCGAAUAACUACACAAGAGGGAAGGGCUAUCUAUGAAUUUAAAACGGUUCGCUAAAUUCAAGCUGAUCAUACUAACAUCGACAGAGUCUGCUCAUUACCACCCUGCUCGUAUCCCACAGAGAAACGCAAAUUAAACAAACUGUGAAAGAUCAAAACCAGUACAGUUUUUAUGGUUUGAACUGAAGUGAUGUCGAAUGAAUUAUUUAAAAAUAGUGGAACUGAAAUCCGUGAAAUAUCUAUUAUACCCCCGUCUCACACACACACACAUCCAGUGCACUGUAGUCAACAUAGCGUUACACUCAUAUGAAGACGUGUGUGGAUUCUGUUUGUGAUUAAACACCCACUGUGCUCGGC